AUGAUCUUCAACAUCGUAGCACUGGCCGCCUUUCUCUGCCUUGCUUCGGCUGCUCCUUUCAACAGCAUCGAGGAUAUACCACCUGAAUACAGAGAGUUGAUUCCUAAGGAAGCUAAGGAUUUCCUUACUGGGCUCUCCGACGCAGACAAAGAAGUGCUCAAAGGUAUUGCUAAGAACUAUGCUACCUACAAAAAUGAGGAUGAGGUGCUAGCCGCGCUGAAGGCAAAGUCGCCGGAACUUGGGGCGAAAGCCGAGAAACUGCACAACAUGAUUAAAGAAAAGGUUGAUGCACUUGGGGAUGAGGCUAAAGCAUUCGCUAAGGAGGGAGCGCGGAAGAUUCAAGCUUCUGUCGUGGCUGGUAACAAACCGAAUCUCACUGAACUGAAGGAGAAAGCUCAAACGGCCAUUAACAAGUACAAAGCCUUGUCGGAUGAUGCUAAAGAGGACCUUGCGAAACAUUUCCCGAUCCUCACCUCCGUUUUCAAGAGUGAGUUUUUGCUCGGUGUCAAAUAUGACCAUUAUAGUAAAACAAACGAAGUGAAAACUGAAACGGGACGAGUUAUCUAA